AUGGCAACGGAGCGGGUUUCUGAACGAACUAUUAAAUGUAAAGUUGUAGUGGUCGGAGAUUUAAGCGUGGGUAAGACUUUACUAGUGAACACAUUUGUAAACAGAGAGGACCAGGAUGAUUUAUCUAAAUCUAGUCAGUUCUCCAGCUCGUCCAAAGGUUUUCCAUCUAGGACGGGAUACGCUAGUAAAGCUACUACCUUCAUAUCUACAGAGAGCAAGGUCGUCAAACUGGAUAUCUGGGAUACGGCUGCUACAAGUAAGUGUUUACUGUGCUUUUCAAAACUAUUACGUUUUCCUGUACCGUGCUUAUUACCACUAGACUCUGUAGUGGACAGAUGGAAUACCUUUGGUAAUGAAAUGGCUUUAUUUUUUCACUCCCUGGUGAAUGAUAUUACUGUCGAAAAACACCAUUCUAAUGUGUUGUUUCACCAGCCUUCCGAUGGUCAGAAAUCUCAGCGACAAAAUAACAUUCACUUUAGUCAGAUUCUUUUCACUGACGAAAAUUCAAAACGAGAUUUCAGCAGAAAUAUUGCAACAAAACAACAAACAGGGGAUAUCCGACAUCGCCAGUGGAGGGAGGCGGAAGACAUGAAAUUUCUAUCACUUAACAAAAGCCAUCACACGAACAAUACACUGAUAACAGAAAAUAUUGGUUUGAACAACAAAGGAAGUGCUCCGAAAGAACCCUAUGUGGAACUUAAAGUGAAAGUGAUAUUUCUUGGAUCAAGUGGUGUUGGAAAAACAGCUAUGUUCGAAACCUUUGAAAACGAAGGUUGUGACUAUACUCAAGUGAGACAGCGGCAAAAUAAUCUUGUGCGAACCUCAAAUGCUUCACUUCCAAGGAAAGCAUCAUACAAUUCGGACGUAAAACGAGUUAACGGAAAAGUGAAAAUGACAGUCUGUGAUACUGCAGGUCAGGAGAGGUACCGGAGUCUGACCUCCUCCUACUACAGAGGAACACACGGCUGCCUCAUCUUAUUUGAUGUUACAAAAGGACAUACUUUCGACAGCGUCCAAUCGUGGUAUAAUGAUCUGCAAGCUUACUGCACUUCACCAGAAAUGAUCUCAACGAUUCUAGUCGGAAAUAAUUGUGACGCAGAAGAGCGAGAGGUUCCGAGAGAAAAGGCAGAAAAACUAGCGGAACACAUUGGAAUACCUUACAUGGAAGUGCGUAGUGAUAAUACCCAUACUGUGAAUGGCGUUUUCGAAACACUUGCAGAUAUGAUUAUUGACAAGUACAAGCUUCACCCAUCUCUGAAUACAGAAUCUACCUCAACAAUGCUCCCCAGACCAUCGAAAAAACCUAGCACAUGGUGCUUUUGUUGA